CGCUUCCGGGGACAGGCGCCGGCUCACUUCCGGUAUCCCCCUUCCGCGACUUCUGGACGCCGCCAUCACCGGCCGUAACCGGAAGGGGCGGAACCCAGGGCCUUCUCAGGCUCCCCGAACACCCGUACCGACAGCGACAUGCAGGCGGCCCUGGAGGUGACAGCGCGCUACUGCGGCCGGGAGCUAGAGCAGUAUGGCCAGUGCGUGGCUGCCAAGCCACAGUCGUGGCAGCGGGACUGCUACCACCUCAAGAUGAGCAUCGCCCAGUGCACCUCCUCUCACCCCAUCAUUCGUCAGAUCCGUCAGGACUGUGCCGAGCCUUUUCAAGCCUUUGAGUUGUGUCUCCGACAAAAUGAAGCCGCCGUGGGCAACUGCUCCGAGCACGUGCGGCAAUUUCUGCAGUGUGCUGACCGGGUGCAGCUGCCGGCCGAGCCAAAACCUCUCCAGGCACAGUGAGCACUUAUUUUCCUUGGACCAUGGGAGUAUUGAGCAUCUUUGAACAUGAGAUUUUCUCUGGAAGGCCGUCGGACAGGGCUUGGGCACUGACAGCUGACGGGAAGGCAGUGCUGAGCCCCCACAUCCUGUCCACCAAAUAAAGACAUUUGUACAGAGCUCUA